UGCUUUUAAACUCUGUCUCUCCCAUUUCGCAGAACUGUUCGUUUCGGUAAAAACCCUUCUAAAUUCUCGUCGCUCAUCACACCAGCGUUCAUGCCGCAUCUUCACAUUUCCAUAGACAACUCUGUCGCCGUCGCCGCCACUCGCCACCGUUGCUCGCCGUCGUUGCUAGUCGUUUCUCUGUCCUUUUCCGCCAUUUAGAUCUACUCGUGUUCGCUAUAGUCUCCCCUACCUCACGAAAAUCUUCUUCUCUCUCUCUCUCAAAAUACUCAGCGUUGCGGCCCGCUCUCUGCUAUCGUAGCCAUCUUAGUUUCACAAUGCUUUCUCGUUUACUUCCUAAACCUUCCCAUAUCAGAUUACUCGCCUUGAUUUCCACUAAACCACCAGCUCAAACUCCUAGUUUUCAUCUCCUUCCCCGAUUCUUCUCCACUAAUAACAAUGGAAGUAAUAACAAUAAUAACAGUGGAAGCAGAGACCAACCGACGAGCAAUAUCUGGAAAAUUUCACAGGAAAACGAUGAAAAUUUUGAUAAAUUGUUCACUCAGGAAGCUGACAACCUUGACGGCAUUGCGGAGGAAGACUCUGCUCCAAGAAACGACGAUUCAUGGGUGACAUCGAAGAGCGGGGAUCGGGAUGCGGAAGGGGAUAUUUUUGCGAGUUUGGAGAAGGAAGUUCAAGGAAAUAAAGAUGGAGAUGGUUAUGAUGGAUGGCCUAUGGAGAAAAAAUUCGACGUGUGGAGCCUGGUAGAGGAUGAAAAGAGUGAUGUCUUCAACAUUGAGGAGGGUGGAGGCAAAAUUGGUGAAUUUAGAGAUGAGCUUAAGGAAGUGGAUACUGAGAGCAUUGAGGAUGCAAGGAAGCUCGAAAAGGAGAAUGCAAUGAAGCUCGAAAGGGAGGAGCAGGAACUCACUGCCAUCCUAAAAGGUCCUGAUCGAGCAUUCGGAGAUCUUAUUGCUGCAUCAGGAAUCACGGAUGAUAUGAUAGACAGUUUGAUGGCUCUGAAAGAUUUGGAAGGGAUUGAGGGGUUGCCCCCUCUAAGUGAAAUAGAGGAUAUGCGUUAUGAGAAAAACACAAGAAAAUCCUCAAGAGCUGAAAUUGAACGCCAGAAACAAGAAGAGGUUGCAAAAGCAAGAGUGAGACAGGUAGAUGACAAAGGAAGAGCAUAUGGCACAGGUAGAAGGAAAUGCAGCAUUGCUCGUGUAUGGAUUCAACCAGGAAAUGGCAAGUUUAUAGUGAAUGAUAAAGAAUUUGAUGUCUAUUUUCCAAUGCUUGAUAGUCGGGCUGUUCUUCUUCAACCUUUCGCUGAGACCAAAACAUUAGGCCUUUGGGAUGUCUCAUGUACUGUUAAAGGAGGUGGUACAACGGGUCAAGUUGGAGCUAUUCAGCUGGGGAUCAGCAGAGCCUUGCAGAAUUGGGAACCCGAUUUCCGUCCUCCAUUGCGAGCAUGUGGUUUCUUGACCCGAGACUCACGUGUCGUAGAAAGAAAGAAGCCAGGUAAGGCGAAAGCAAGAAAGAGCUUCCAAUGGGUGAAGCGUUAGGAUAUACAUGUGUACUUGUAUGGAACUUCUACUUUAUUCUUCUUCAAUAAAUUGAUUAAAGGUUUACAAACAGAUUGGUUCUUGCAUCGUUUUUGUAAUGUAUACACAAUUUGUUUGUUCCAAAAACCCUCUUUGUUUUUAGCAGAUUAGCACUAAGCUAUUGAAUUCA